AUGAUGUCUCCCAAAUAGCUUGUUUUGAAAGUCAUAAUGCUUGGUAAUUCAGGAGUGGGAAAGACUUGCAUCAUCAAUAAAUAUGUUAAAAACGUAUUCUCAGACAAUAUUAAACCUACGAUCGGAGUAGAUUUCGCAAACAAAGCUAUUUCAAAAGACGAUUUGAAAAGUCAGGAUACUAUUAUGCUUCAAAUAUGGGACACGAUGGGUCUUGAAAUGUUCAAAAGUAUUAAUAGGAUGUAUUAUCGUGGCGUCCAUGGUGUAGUAUUAGUAUGUGAUCUUUACAAUAUUGAAUCUUUUAAACAACUUGACUCUUGGAUUUAAGAAUUUCUGUAAAAUUAAGAUAGAUCCACUGAUUUUUCUGAUUUUGGCUUCAUAUUGCUAGGAAAUAAAUGUGACAAAGAUUAGCCAAGACUAGUUUAAGAAGAAGAUUUAAUACGCUGGUGUGAAGAGCAAAAAAAGUUUAGAUAGAUUGAUAUAGAUCAUUUCAUAGUUAGCGCAAAAACAGGAGAAAGCAUUAUCGAUGCUUUCAUCAAUCUAAGCAAUAGAAUGAUGGAAAUAAUUGAGUCGAAAUAGAGUAAUCAGCAAUAAUUGAGCUUUAUCUAAGGUUAUCGUACUAAAUCUACUUAUCAAUUAAGAUAGGUUGAUAGACCCAAAAAAAAAGGAAUGUGCUGUUCAUCAUAAACUAGUAACUGA